AUGUCCACUAGCAAUGACCUAUACAGCAAGUUUGCCAAAGUGGUCGAUGGAUUUGGGCCUGAUUCAGCUAAAGAAACAGCAGAUCACUUUGCAGAUUUGACUUGUCUACACGACGAUGAACUCAACCAUUUCAUGUAUUACGAGAAUGCGACUUGGAGAUUGCUGUCUCUAUUGGCAGAAACAAAGAACAAGUCCAAGCUUCAUCGACUUGCUGUAUUGAAACAAUGGGUAUCGCAAUUGCAGAUAGACCAAGACUUGAAGGAUCGAAUUGAUGAGUUAAACGAUGUGGACGACGAGAUCACCAACCUGUUUAAUCAUGUUGGCAUUAUCCACAACAAACUUGACAGACAAGAGCCACCGAGAAAGAAGCGCAUUAUUACAACCGAGCAACAAGAUGACGAAGCUAUAUGCAAACAGCACUUUGAAAAGCUUCGUUCCAACGAUUUAACACCUAUUGCAACAUUAAGUCAGAAUGUGUCUCUGUAUUACAUGGUGAAUGGAUACGUGCAGUACCAGAACAUGGCAUUGGUGGAUGAAGGGUCAGAUAUCAUCGAUAGAGAGCGCCGAGUUUGGAAAAAGGCAGUGUUGCACGCUUUGAAGCAAGAACCAACAGAUAGAUAUAGAAGUGCAUUGCUCCAUGUGCUGGCUGGAAAAUCAAGGGAAUUAUACGACACAACAUUAUGCAAUACGUGGGAGGAUGUCAUCUGGGCUUACUUGAACGAAAAGACAGAAGCCAUGCUGGAUAUUCCACACGCAAAUUCAACAGGAGAGGAUUUCUUGACGGAUGAGAUAGCCAAAAUAGCCUCAUCCAAAGAUGGCAUCAUGGACAAAGACGAUCCUCGUAUUCUGUUUCACUAUAUUCUGUCAGGCAUACUAUCAGAUCAACCACAAUGCAUCAUUCACAACAUCUACUCGGUUUACAGCGGCAGCUCAAAGCAGGAUCAGUACAACCCAAGCAUCUACAUUAGCGAUCAACCAGAAGAGCGUGCACAAACAUUGCGAUUCUUGUCGACGUUCAUCUUGUACGGUCGACACUAUUUUGGAUGGCAAGAGAGCGCAGAUUCAGCAUCACUCUUAUCCGCCUAUUCCGAAAUCAAUGCAGGCCCAGCUAUUGCAAGACCCACUGUCAUUGCUGCCUAUGCUGCUAAACAACCCCCAGAUCACCAGAUGAGGAUAUUCUCCAACUUUCUGCAAAGCUUUGACGGUGAUGAUGAGGAAUGCUCCAUCUUGAUACAGGUUGGAAAAGAGUAUGGCUUAGAUAUGCCUCAAAUUUUACAACACACAUAUACCCAUUUAUUCAAGAAAGCAACCUCUUUGGUGGCCAACCCAUUUACUGCAAAGGCGCCCGAGAAACUGGAUCUUCAGCUUCAAGGGGACAUGACUGAAAACGAUACUGUCUUUUUGCAGGCCAUCAAGUGGUUGACAUUGGAUGAAAACAUGUGUGUUGAGGCAUUUGAAGCAGUCAAUCAGACAAUCCGCUAUUUGCUGGGCAUCUACAAGAUCUAUUUGAUCCAGGAGAUCUUCAACUUGGUCACAGAUGCUCUGAUUCAAUCCAUGUCGGUCAGGGCGGAACAAGAUGAUAGUUUGCAAGCCAUUUUCAGUGAAUAUGACUUGCACCGUUGUUUAGUCAAUGGCUUGGUAGACUAUCACGAUUGGGAGCAGCUGCUCAAGAGGAAGCCUGCGGAUGACGGUUCAUUGGAGUCUAUCAUGCGGAUACACGAUUGGAGCGAUCAAGUGCAAAAGAAGACUGUCGAUUUGAGCAAUCAAAUGUCUCGAGUGUUGCGCGGAAAGUGGCUCACAACAAAAGAAUCGGACGAAAGCAAACAUAAAACAAAAGCAUCACUUCGACAAUUAUAUAUUCCAGAGUUGGUCAUUCGAUAUCACCAUGUUCUCUACUCGACCAUCUUUGUCAUGCCAAGUAAUGAGGAGCAAUGCAAAGAAUUAAGCCAACUGAUCACAAACAACAACGAGCAGAUCUUUCAUGACAUCAAGAAAGCAAAGAAAAUGGAGCAGACUAUCAAAGAGCUCAGUAAAUCACUUGCUUAA